AUGAAUAUAAUUGGAUUACAAUAUUUGACAAUUUAUUGUGAAGCAUACAUUCAAGUACCGCCAUCAUAUAAUUAUGUUAAUUCAACUAGUUUUCCUGAUAAAACCAUUAGCAUUGGUACUAUUGAAGCUUGGAUUCAUGACCAUCCUAAAGUUUUAAUAAAAUUUCAUUGUCUUGAAGGAAUAAAUAGUAAUGAAUCCAACUUAUUUUAUUCAACAAAUAAUAAUUAUUUUUUAUUUCAAAAUAAUAUUUUAAAAAAUAUAAUUGAUAAAAUCAAUAACUUUACAUUUUUAUCAUAUCAACUUCCAAAUAUGAAUUAUAUAAAUAAUGUUUUGUUCAAGAAUGGGAAUAUAUUCAUGGGUAAAGAAGAAGAGCUUGCCACUUCUUUUAAAUUAAAUGAUAAUUCAAUUGAGAAACCCCAAGAAUCGGAACAAAAAUAUUUACCAAACGAGAUGUACAUAUAUAAUAAAACAGAAAAAUUACUCAAUUCCCAAGAAUGUAAAAUAACAUCUCUUUCGAAUUUUGACGCGAUACCAUCUAAACCAAUUCAAAAUUACUUUGUCGAUAAUAUUACAGGUACCCGUCGCAAGAUAAAGUUUGACUCAAAGAAUGAAAUACCAAUUCUUGAAAAUUUCUUUAAAGUAGUUAGAUUUCCCAAUACGUCACAAUUAGAGGAACUUGCAAAUUUCUUAAAUUUUACUUCUAACCGUUCUUCAAAAGAAAAAAUUACUUUGAAAAAUUUAAAAUACUGGUUUGCUUACAGAAGAGUCAAAGAAAAACGUUGUAGAAAUAAUUUUAAAUAA